ACCGUUUAACUCUUACAAAGCAGCAGAAAAUCAUGACAGGCUGUCCAUGGCUAGGAGGAGCUCCAUCCCCCUUCCAUGUUAGAAUUCGAUGGUAUGACUUUUGUGUAAGAGUUUAACAGUACAAUGAGAUCUCAGAAGUCGCCAUCGCACGGCACUCAGAGCAGGCGACCGGCGCUUCUACAUUUGUUAUGCGUUGCUGCGCUCUUCGGUCUUCUCGUUUUCGCUCUUCAAUCCUCAUUCUUAACAGAUUCUUCACGAUCAGAUCUCAAUACCGAAGAAUAUCGUAUCUUAUCUGAUUUUCAGUUAAAUGUUCAGCAAUGCGUGGCAAGCAGAGGGCUUGGUCUCACUGCACAGAUAAUUGAUCAUUGUAAAUUGAUUCUUAAGUUCCCUGAAGGCACUAACAGCACCUGGUACAAUGAACAGUUUAAAAUUUUUGAGCCUCUGGAGUACAAGUAUGAUGUUUGUGAGGCAAUUCUGUUGUGGGAACAGUAUCGAAACAUGACCACCGUGUUGACUAGAGAAUAUCUGGAUGUGAGGCCAGAUGGGUGGAUGGAUUAUGCGGCAAAAAGGAUAGCACAAUUAGGAGCUGAUAAAUGCUACAAUCAAACUUUUUGCGAAGAGCAUCUUAACAUAAUUCUACCUGCAAAUCCUCCUUUUCACCCACGACAGUUUAACAAAUGUGCAGUUGUUGGAAACUCAGGGGAUCUCUUGAAGACAGAGUUUGGAAAAGAGAUUGAUAGUCAUGAUGCUGUUAUAAGAGAUAAUGAGGCUCCUGUUAAUGAGAAAUAUGCCAAGCAUGUUGGCUUGAAGAGGGAUUUCCGCCUUGUAGUAAGGGGUGCUGCUCGCAACAUGGUUAAAAUUCUAAAUGGAUCAACUGAUGAGGUACUUAUAAUUAAAAGUGUGACUCACAGAGACUUCAAUGAAAUGAUAAAGAGUAUUCCAAAUCCUGUUUAUCUCUUUCAAGGGAUUGUUCUACGCAGAGGUGCCAAAGGAACUGGAAUGAAAUCUAUAGAACUUGCCCUUUCCAUGUGCGACAUUGUUGACAUAUAUGGUUUUACUGUUGAUCCUGGCUAUACUGAAUGGACAAGAUAUUUCUCUACGCCAAGGAAAGGGCAUAAUCCUCUUCAGGGAAGGGCAUAUUACCAGCUCCUUGAGUGUCUUGGUGUUAUAAGGAUUCAUUCUCCCAUGAGAGCUGAGAGAAACCAAGACUGGUCAGAUGUGCCCAGUAGAGAAAUAAUUGGCAGAGCUCAUGCAGCUGCUUUGCGAUUAAAGAGGAGUCAAGCUGGUCAGGCUGGUGGUUUGGGUCAGUUUGGUAGUUGUAAGGUGUGGGGCAACGUCAAUGCUGACAGCAGUGGACCUGUGUCAGGAUCUUCUGACAUGAGUGAUGUGAGGAAGUAUUCAAAUUACAAUAAAUGGGAAGUCAUGCCCUUUAAAAGUCUAAGAAGGGAAGCAAAGGAUCACUAUUUUCAGAUGGAAGGUGUAUCUCUAUACAAAAUGGAUGGCAAUAAGUUGGAUGAUCUGGUAUGUGUAAAGCAUCCGUUAAAAUCAGAGAAUUAUUUCCACCAAUUUCCCUUCUUUCUUGGUUCUAAGUGGUAUUGCGUGUGGUGAUGGUGGCAGUAAAACUUCUGGACCAGAAGGUCGUAGUGGCACAUGAUAUAAUAUCUGUAAUAGAAUAUGCAUUUAAUUUUUUUUUUUGAACGUGCAUUUAAUGGUAGAGUAUUUGUUGUUGGUGGUGCAUUUGGAUUUUGUUGCAAAUUAAAAGAACAUUUGUAUGA